AUGUGUACUGUCGAUGGUUUGCAAUGUGGGUACCGAACUGCGAGCGCGAGGGUAAUUGGUGAGCUUAUCUCCAGCAGGGUGCAAAGAAAUUGUGUAACCCCAUUAAGACCAAAAGAAAUAAUGGCAGAGAUGAAUCGCAAGUGGGGAUUGCAAUGCCUAUAUGGUAAGGCAUGGCAAGCGAAGGAGUACGCGGAGAUUCUUGUGUUCGGUCCACUGGAAGAGUCAUUCCAACUCGUCCCCUCUUAUUUUCAUAUGUUGAAACAUGAAAUCCCGGCACUUGUUGUAAUACGGCUUAUAGUCGCUAUUGAUGCCACACAUCUGAAAGGCAGAUUCAAGGGUAUUCUGUUUGUGGCGGUAUGCAAAGAUGCAAAUGAGCAGAUAUAUCCACUAGCAUUUGGCAUUGGCCACGUCGAAGACGAAGAGUCUUGGUUGUGGUUCAAGCGCGAAGAUGUUGCAGCGAUUUUCACCAUGGCCGCCAACUGCUAUAGGGUCAUCGAUUUUGACAGACAUAUGAAUCAGCUAAAACAGCUUUGCAAACCUACUUAUGACAUCCUUAUGAGAUUAGGCCUUGAGAGAUGGGCAAGUGCAAGGUCACCAGUAAGGCGAUACAAGCUAAUGACAUCCAACACUGCGGAGUGUAUUAACUCCUGCUUGAGGCAUGCAAGAAAAAUGACAAAAACAGUCUUGAUCGAGUGCAUCAGAUGCAUGUUUCAACGUUGGUUACAUGACUGGCACAAUGAGGCAUUGAAUUUGACCACGCCCCUCAGCCCUUGGGCUACCGAUUUGUUGAACAUACGGUUCAAUGAAGCAUGUCACUUUUUCGUACUAGCAAUCGAUCGGGUGGAGUUUCAAGUUAUAGGCGGGAGUAAGGACAGAGUCAUGAACCUCUCCACCAAGGAGUGUUCAUUCGGUGAGUUUCAGUCCGAUAUACUCCCUUGCACGCAUGCCAUGGCGGCAAUAAGUAAGUGCAAACGUGCAGCCAUUGAAUUCUACUCGAACUAUUACAAGACUCGGUCUUGGGCGAAGGGAUAUGCAGCUACCAUUCGCCCGAUUGGGCAUCCUAGUGAAUGGGACAUCCUCGAUGACAUCCAACAAAUUGUCGUUUUGCCACCAAGUUAG